AUUGACAAGUGAGCACGGCACAGUAACAUCAGGAAGAGUACCGAAAGAAAGAACUAUGGCACGCCCAAGAAUCAGUGUUGGAAUUCAGCCACAAAUCGCUCUGUACAGUGUGAUAUUGGGAAGUGUUUGUGCCUUCGGUACGUGAAAAAGGAGUCCCCUCGUUGCCUGACUAUCACGCCUCGAUAGAGUCGAAUGCUUUUUGUGUGGUUCUAGCGAAGAGACCGGUUGUCUUCCGAAUCGAACGGACUCGAAUCCAAAGAAGUGGAGUGGUUUUGAGAGUUUCCAAAAUCUUCGAAAACUCACAGAUGCAUGGAUCUUCUUCCCGUGGCGACUGGUUUGGAUCUCGUUGCGAUGGUGUCCGCGAUGGAUCCGUUCGACCACGAAUUCUAUCCAAACACCCGCCCCGCGCUCUUGUGCUUCCUUUGCUAACUCCAGGCUGGUACACGGAAAAGUAUCGCCGGGACGAGGGCGACCUGGACGGUCACAUCAAAAAGAUGUACCUGCGGGAUGCCCAGGAGGCCCACUCGAAAAUCCCACAGCUGUCGGCUGCGAUUCGGGGACAGACCACGGACCUCGACGGCCGCAUGGACAAGAUGGUGUGGGGAGGAAAGGCGCGACUCCAGAGCGGCAGUGGUGGGGGAGGUUCGCCGGCGGGCGUUGUUGGCGUUCCCAGAGAGGACGGCGGCGGCGGCGACGACGACGACGACACAACAAUAACAACCACGGUAUCAACUACCGAGGCAACCGGCAGCACCCCGGGCGGGGAGGAACCACCCAAACGAAAACGACGGAGGAAAAAACGAAAGCAAAAGAAAGCCGGGGAAGCCACCGACGACGAAACUUCCAGGCGGAGGGACGAGGAAGAGUCCUCCCGGAGACAGAAACUGGUCCUGCAGUCUUCCGUGGCCGGGAUUGCGGUCGGCGCGGCGGCGGUGGUGGCGGUGUCCGCGCUGCUGGGGGGCGGCUCCGGGAGCGGCGGGAAGCGGUGACGGCCAGCGCCGACGCCAGCGCCAAAACCGCCGAUGGUGCCCGGUGCGACGAAUGCGCGUUUCGCCGCCGAACGUGCCUGCCCCGUCCGCACGCUUGGUUCGCGUUGCGGAAGGCUGCCGCCACGAACGCAACCUUGCCUUGCGCAGCGCAGGAGAGAGCAGCAAGGAUUUUGAUGGAAUCCUUGGUCCUGGUUCGGAUACGGAAACAACGAAUUCGUUGCGGUGUCGAAGCAACCAUUUGUGUUGGAUACGGGGAGCCGGUUGGCUCCAUUUUAUCAACCAUAAAAUAUCGAAACAACGGGGCCGAACGACUUUUGCAACGGUUCACCGGACCAAUGUUGUUGUCGAAUGGAUCCUAAUUAACACGCAGAAUUGUU